CUCCUAAAUUUAUCCGGAUAAGAUGACCAAUUACAUUUGCUGGGUCUGAAGCUCCUCCACCACCACCACACCACCACCACUCAGCCAUGGCUGGUCUGAGCAGCACUUUCCAGCACCCCUUCAAAUCUCAACUCUCUAAUCCAAUCAAACCUUCCCCUCUCCAUAUACACACCUUCUCCUUCCGCAUCCGUACCCCCACCACUUACCCCUCCAUUUCCACCACCAUAUCCGCACGCUACGGCGGCGGAGGAGGAGGAGGUGGCGGCGGCGGAGGCGGCUACUCGAAGCGGUCCAAGCCACCUGUUGAUGAAGCCCUAGAUAUCUCUUCAAUUAAGUCUGAUACUGUUAGGCUUAUUGAUGAAGAGCAGAAGAUGGUUGGAUUAGUAUCGAAAGCUCAGGCUUUUCAAAUGGCUGAGGAUGCUGAGCUUGACUUGGUGAUAUUAUCUCCAGAUGCAGAUCCUCCAGUUCUAAGAAUUAUGGAUUACAAUAAAUAUAAAUACGAGCAGCAGAGGAAGAAAAAAGAACAACAGAAGAAAAGUCUUGCUACCCGUGUGGAUUUGAAGGAAUUGAAGAUGGGUUAUAAUAUCGAUGUCCACGACUACUCCGUGCGUUUGAGAGCAGCUCAGAGAUUCUUGAAAGACGGCGAUAAGGUCAAGGUUAUAGUAAGUCUGAAGGGGCGUGAAAAUGAAUUUAGAAAUAACGCCAUCGAGCUUCUCAGACGAUUUCAGAACGAUGUUGGGGAGCUGGCGACCGAGGAAGCUAAAAGUUUCCGGGACAGAAACAUGUUCAUUGUAAUGAUACCAAACAAGGCUAUUACACAGAAAGCACAAGAACCUCCGAAGAAAAAGGACACUCCCGUAGAAAACGAAGUUUCAGCCAGUGUUUGAGUGUGAUUUUGUUAUCUGUCCUUAAAAAGAUUCGAAACAAAAAAAAGGGGAAAAAAAAAAACCGAGAGCAGGUAGUACUAUUAUUGUUCAGUUAUAUCUUUUUUAAAUCAUCCCUCAAGAUUCUAUGUAAUGCUCAUGUGUAGAGAUUUAGUGCAAAAAACUGUACAAGAAUUGUGUUUGUUAACUGUAAAAAACAAAGAACAGCAAUUAUAUAGUUUCUUGUUAGUUUUGUUAAUUGAGAGACGAA